AUGGCGUUUGAUCAGACCUACAAUGGAGCCAUCGACUGGAACUUCCCCAGUCCCACCGCAACUCCCACCUCGGCCUCGUUCGCGCACAACAAUGUCUUUCACACACCAAAGACUGGAACCUUUCCGUCUCACUUUCAAGAUGCCUUUAGCACACCACAAAUACCGAGCUAUACCACUCCUCGCCAGCCUGACUAUGCCACCAUGACGCCAAUACAAGGCCAGCACAUGUCACUGGAUACCAUAAGAAACAACUUUUAUGCGGGCAUGCAAGGAGGAGCUGCAGGUGGGCAAAUAAUGCCGCUUCCCGUGCACGCUGGAUACGGCCAGUCUGCAGCCGUCUCGAGCCCAGCUUUCGCUCAAACUCAAGUGUCGCAAAUGCAGCCUGCAAUGGCCUUGUCAUUCGAUUCGUCCCAGAUCCAGACACCACCGCCCACUCGAGGAAGUUCUGCAAAGAAAACGCAGCCGCGGGAAGUUGCAUUCGGUACUCCUUCCACAAUUGCCACCCGGAGGUUCAUGACACCGCAACAGGUGUACAGCUCUAGCCAGAAUGCAUCUGCAACUCAGCAAGCUCCUAUGCAAUACCCGCAGCUUCAAUUCUCUCCCGAUGUGUACCAGUUCGGCAAUCUGGGACCAGCCUCUGUCCCUGUCUUUCCACAGACUCAGCUUCUAUGGGGAUCUACCGCCAGUCCAACCAUGUACAACCAACAGCCAAGCCUAGACGACCCGUUCGCACCGAUCUCCUCUACAUCAAUGAGCUGGGCAGCUGAAUCGACGACACAAAGCAACACGCCGAGGAAUGCUUUCGAUACACCUGCCAUGGGUAGCUUUCCAGUCCAAGGACCCAUGCAARGGCCAAUCUCUGCCGGGCACUACUCGACUGGCCAAACCCAUACUCAGGCUCCAGUCAUGACUACGGCCUCGGUGGAUCCGUCAUUGGUGUAUAGCUCGCCCAUUCGUCCAAUCGUGCAGUCUGUUGGUCGUGCAAGUAAGCAACRUGGAAGCGCCUCGAAGACAGAGACCAACCGCAAGGACAGUGGCAUGGCAKAGCGGCAACGCUCCGAAACACUCUCCUCCACCGACACUGCCUCCAACAAUGGACUACGAAGGAGUAAUACAACAGCGACCGCUCGCAACAGAGCGACACCUAUUUCAGAGUCUCUAGGGAGGAGUACUAGCAUGCUUUCGGUUCCACGCACCGCAUCGCCGCUCAAACGAAUCGGAAAACCCUUGCUUGGGUCCAUCUCGGAAACAAAGCAGUUGAGGCCUCGCGCCUCUGUAGUCCUUACGGUCGACGAGAGCGGUCGAGCGAGCACAGUCACGCAGCGUGUAGACGACAGUCCGACCAAGUCAGUGCGUGAGAGAUAUCCUGGCCUGUUCGACAGUGACUCCAGUGAUAGUGAAUCGGAGGAUGAUGGCGACAGCAUGAGCUGCAGUGCGUCCUUUAGCUUUUCUAGAGGGGAGGAGAGAAAGCCCAAGACGGCCAGGCUCGAUCCUCCCAUUGAAAAUCUUGAUGGUCUCCGUUUACAGCGUUCGUCGAGCUCAGCGUCGAUGAGGGUCACGCCAUCGAGAGCGUCCAUCGCCGCCGUGGCACAACUGCGAAAAGGAGGCAGCCUACGAAAGAAAAAUCCCAGUCGGAAUUCCAGCAGACGCAUCACAGCUUCAUCGAUAGACACAUGCCCCAUGGAUACUCCAUCGGACGACCGUCAAUCCCGUGGCGACGCAKAUGAGCUUAGCCAGAUUCCGGACUGGAAUCCCAACACCAUUCAAGAUUACAACAGACGAUGGAGCAUCAUGUCGAUGGAACAGCAGACCAGUGUUUCGCCCACGCACCAGUAUUCAGAUCUACAGUACCCACCCGUCCAGCCAGCACAGCCAGCACCACCUACUUUACCCAUCAGAUGUCAAUGCGGCUACACCACCGAUCGUGACCAAGCCCUUAUACAGUGCAUCUCAUGUACGCAGUAUCUUCAUACCGUGUGCAAUCCUACAGCGAUGCCCGGAAACUUUACAUGCUUCCUGUGCACCAAACCUACCUCCCGGUCCGUUGCGAGCAGGACAGGAAGCCGUGUGCGAUCAUGA